CCAUCACCUGUUGUUCCAGACAACAUUGGCCGAGUCUAACUCAUAGUCUUAUUACUUGAGAAAGUGGACCAAUUAAUUAACCCUCCUCCACCAGCCUUUGUCCUUCUGGUUUAAUUCAACCAGUACUGAUCAACACCAGCUAUAUAAAGGGCGGCCAUCAACCAGUUUCUCUUCACUCACAGAUAAACCAAUUCCACUCUCUCCUGUAGUCCUGUUAAUCCAUCAAAUCUCUUCAGUCGACAAUACCUUACAAUUCCUUCAAAUAUGGUUUGUAAUAGACCUUGCAAUUGGAUCAAUUUUCUGUCUUGCCUACUUGUUUUUAUCAUCAGCUACUCUUUGAUAGCCAUUCCUUCUUUGGCUAAUAAUUUCUUCCAAGAUUUUGAUGUCACAUGGGGCGGCGGUCGAGCAAAGAUACUGAACAAUGGACAACUUCUCACUCUCUCCCUAGACAAAGCCUCUGGUUCUGGUUUUCAGUCCAAGAAUGAGUAUCUGUUCGGGAAGAUUGAUAUGCAGCUCAAGCUCGUCCCUGGAAACUCUGCUGGCACCAUUACUGCCUACUACUUGUCAUCUCAGGGACCAACCCAUGAUGAGAUCGACUUCGAAUUCCUUGGCAAUCUCAGUGGUGACCCCUACAUCCUCCAUACUAACGUCUUCAGCCAAGGCAAAGGUAACAGAGAGCAGCAGUUCUACCUUUGGUUCGACCCAACUGCUGAUUUUCAUACUUACUCUAUCUUGUGGAAUCCCCAAAACAUUGUCUUCUCUGUUGAUGGAACGCCAAUCAGAGAGUUCAAAAACUCAGAAUCCAUUGGUGUUCCAUUCCCCAAGAGCCAACCCAUGAGGAUUUACUCCAGCCUCUGGAACGCAGAUGACUGGGCCACAAGGGGUGGCCUUGUGAAGACCGACUGGACACAAGCACCUUUCACGGCCUCCUACAGAAACUUCAAGGCUGAUGCCUGUAUUUGGUCCUCCAGUACCUCUUCUUGUGACUCAAAAUCUCCCUCUUCUACCUCCAACACCAACGCCUGGUGGCUCUCAGAAGAGCUGGACUCCAAGAGCCAAGAGAGAAUGAGAUGGGUCCAGAAGAACUAUAUGAUCUACAAUUACUGCACAGAUAUAAAGCGCUUCCCUCAAGGCCUUCCUCCAGAAUGCUCCAAUACCAAUAUGUCUUAGAGCUUAUUUUUGUGAGAAUCAAUCCCUUCAUUUCUAUAUAUGAUUCAUCUAAGUGCUCUUGUCCAUGUCAGCAUCCCUUCAUUUUUAUGAGGAUCAAUCUUGUGAGCAUUGAAGCCGAUCGUCUCUCUCCCUUACCCCCUAUAGAUUUUCUUUUUUUCUUAUUUUUUAUUUUUCCUAAUUAUGUACCAACUUUCCUAGCUAGGAGUGUAAAGAAAAGUUGUACUGAGAACUCCUCCCCUAUCUAUUCAGUUUCCUAUAUAUGAAUAAAAAAGUUGUAUGUCUUUUGGUGCUAAAA